GGAGAGACCACUGGAGACCUCCUAUUAGCGUCCACCUCCAUCAUUGCUUUCCAAUACGGCCGACCAUUAUAAUAAGGUCUUUCUCCUCUCCUUCACCGAAGGAACUCCAUUUUCUCUCUCUCUGUGCUUGACUUAUUCAGAUCGUGUGCUGGCAGUUAUGGCUAGGGCUCUGGUUCAGUCAACUAACUUCCUUCCAUCAGUUGCUUUUGGAAGGAAUGGUCAAUUCAAAGGAUCUGGAAGAACAAAUAGGACGGUUACUAUGAUAUGUAGUUUACGAAAACCUCCCCUAAGGAUGAACAGUUUCUCAGGAUUGCGAGGAUCCAAUGCCUUAGAUAUGAUGGCAAGAUCUGGCCAAACUUUCCAUUCCAAGGUGGCAGCUGUAACUUCUGUUCGGAGAGGAAGGGGCUGUCAAACAGUACCGAAGGCUAUGUUUGAGCGGUUUACAGAGAAAGCUAUAAAAGUUAUAAUGCUUGCCCAAGAAGAGGCAAGACGGCUUGGUCACAAUUUUGUUGGUACAGAGCAGAUUCUGUUGGGUCUUAUUGGUGAGGGCACAGGCAUUGCUGCCAAGGUCCUCAAGUCCAUGGGUAUCAAUUUGAAGGAUGCACGUGUGGAAGUAGAGAAGAUAAUUGGAAGGGGCAGUGGAUUUGUGGCGGUGGAGAUCCCAUUUACUCCUCGUGCAAAGCGUGUCCUAGAACUCUCGCUAGAGGAAGCCCGCCAACUUGGUCAUAAUUAUAUUGGAUCAGAGCACUUGCUGCUGGGAUUGCUGCGAGAGGGUGAAGGUGUAGCAGCCCGUGUUCUCGAGAAUUUAGGUGCUGACACUAGUAAUAUUCGCACGCAGGUUAUUCGAAUGGUUGGCGAGAGUGCAGAAGCUGUUGGUGCUGGUGUUGGAGGCGGAAGUUCUGGCAACAAGAUGCCGACGCUGGAGGAGUAUGGUACUAAUUUAACGAAGUUGGCAGAGGAGGGUAAACUGGAUCCUGUUGUUGGAAGGCAGCAGCAAAUUGAACGCGUAACACAAAUUUUGGGUCGGCGGACAAAAAAUAAUCCUUGCCUCAUUGGGGAGCCUGGUGUUGGAAAAACAGCUAUUGCAGAAGGCCUUGCUCAACGAAUUGCAAAUGGUGAUGUUCCAGAAACAAUUGAGGGAAAGAAAGUUAUAACCCUGGAUAUGGGUCUCCUCGUUGCUGGCACAAAAUAUCGUGGAGAGUUUGAAGAAAGAUUAAAGAAGUUGAUGGAGGAAAUUAAACAGAGUGAUGAAAUUAUACUUUUUAUUGAUGAAGUACACACAUUAAUUGGAGCAGGAGCAGCAGAGGGGGCAAUUGAUGCGGCGAACAUCUUGAAACCAGCUCUUGCCAGAGGUGAACUACAGUGUAUUGGGGCUACCACCCUUGAUGAAUACAGAAAGCACAUUGAGAAAGACCCAGCUCUGGAGAGACGAUUCCAGCCAGUUAAAGUCCCGGAACCCACUGUGGAUGAAACAAUACAGAUUUUGAAAGGGCUUCGAGAGAGAUAUGAGAUUCACCACAAGCUCCGCUACACCGAUGAAGCCUUAGUUUCUGCAGCCCAGCUGUCCUACCAGUAUAUCAGUGACCGCUUUCUGCCUGAUAAAGCAAUUGACUUGAUUGAUGAAGCUGGUUCUCGUGUUCGACUUCGUCAUGCACAGCUUCCAGAGGAAGCCAGAGAGCUUGAGAAAGAGCUCAGGCAGAUCACUAAGGAGAAGAAUGAAGCUGUCCGCAGUCAAGAUUUUGAGAAGGCUGGUGAGUUACGCGAUAGGGAAAUGGAUCUUAAAGCACAGAUAUCUGCUCUUAUAGACAAAAACAAAGAGAUGAGCAAGGCGGAGACUGAGGCAGGGGAUAGUGGCCCUGUUGUGUCGGAAGUUGAUAUUCAGCACAUUGUUUCUUCGUGGACUGGUAUACCUGUUGAGAAAGUGUCAACUGAUGAAUCAGAUCGCCUCCUUAAGAUGGAAGAGACCCUCCACAAACGAGUCAUUGGUCAGGAUGAAGCUGUCAAAGCCAUUAGCCGUGCUAUCCGGCGUGCCCGUGUUGGGCUUAAGAACCCCAACCGACCAAUUGCUAGCUUCAUCUUUUCUGGGCCAACUGGUGUUGGAAAGUCUGAACUGGCAAAAGCACUAGCUGCCUACUACUUUGGCUCACAAGAAGCCAUGAUCCGGCUGGAUAUGAGUGAGUUCAUGGAGAGACACACUGUCUCGAAGCUCAUUGGUUCACCACCUGGCUAUGUUGGUUACACUGAAGGUGGUCAGUUAACCGAGGCUGUUCGACGCCGUCCUUACACUGUUGUGCUCUUCGAUGAAAUUGAAAAGGCUCAUCCUGAUGUCUUCAACAUGAUGCUUCAGAUUCUUGAGGAUGGAAGGUUGACAGACAGCAAGGGCAGAACUGUGGACUUUAAGAACACACUUUUGAUUAUGACAUCUAAUGUCGGAAGUAGUGUGAUUGAGAAGGGUGGCCGUCGUAUUGGUUUUGAUCUCGAGUAUGAUGAGAAGGAUAGCAGUUACAACCGAAUCAAGAGCUUGGUGACAGAAGAACUGAAACAAUAUUUCAGACCAGAGUUCUUGAACAGGUUGGAUGAGAUGAUUGUAUUCCGGCAGCUCACCAAACUUGAGGUGAAGGAGAUUGCUGAUAUAAUGUUGAAGGAAGUUUUUGAGAGGCUUAAAGGCAAGGAAAUAGAGCUUCAAGUGACGGAAAGAUUUAGAGACAGGGUGGUUGAGGAAGGAUACAACCCAAGCUAUGGUGCGAGGCCGCUAAGAAGAGCCAUUAUGAGACUUUUGGAGGAUAGCAUGGCUGAGAAGAUGCUUGCUGGUGAGAUCAAAGAGGGCAAUUCAGUCAUCGUUGAUGUUGAUUCUGAUGGAAACGUGACCGUCCUCAACGGUAGCAGUGGUGCUCCUCCAGAAUCAUUACCAGAGCCUAUUCCUGUGUGAGCAAGCUUAAUCUUUACCAAUAUGUUGUUUCUACUGCUGUUUUUCAUUUGAAAUGGAUACAAAUGUAUCGGAUUGCUUGAAGAACUGGUUUGGCAGUAGAUUUGAAGCCGAUCAAUGGUGGCCGAGUUUAGAGGCUGUAUCUCUACUGAAUUGCAUGAGUAGUUCAGUCAGUCAUUAUUAUUAGGGUUAGAUGAUUUGCAGUGAUUCUACAAUUUGUUGUAUCUCUACUGAAUUGCAUGAGUAGUUCAGUCAGUCAUUAUUAUUAGGGUUAGAUGAUUUGCAGUGAUUCUACAAU